GACGAAUUUAAAAUGGCGUCCUCCGUGACCCGGCUCACUUCGCGCUGUUUCGUCACGUCACUAAUUUCUAAACUCUGGCGCGCUCAUCUCCAUUUUGUAUUCGCCAGAAAUGUGUGUUUUUCGGCCACGGCCUCGGUCGCACACGGGGGAUGUUUGACGGCUCACCCGAGCUCGCGGAGCCACAAAAAUGCGGCGACAUUGAACCAACUGACAGCCUUGCGAUGUCCUCACGUUAUCCCAGACCGAUGCUUCCGCAGCAGCACGAAAUGUGCGAACAAGCAAGAAUUGUACGAAGUGCUGGGCGUUGCCCGCACGGCCUCACAAAGGGACAUCAAAAAGGCAUACUACCAGUUGGCAAAGAAGUACCACCCAGACACCAACCCAGACGACCCAGAGGCCAAAGAGAAGUUUGCUAAACUGGCUGAAGCCUAUGAGGUGUUGAGCGAUGAGGUGAAGAGGAAGCAGUACGACACGUACGGCUCGGCCGGCUUCGAUGCCAGCCGGGCGGGCCAGCAGCAAUACUACAGAGCCGGCAGCGCCAAUGUGGACCCCGAGGAGCUCUUCAGGAAGAUCUUUGGGGAUUUCGCCGGUGGCUUCCAAGACAUCAACAGAAUGUUUGAGCAACGGCCGGAGUUUGUGAUGGAGCUGACGUUUGCCGAGGCGGCCAAGGGCGUGGACAAGCAGCUGUCAGUCAACGUCGAGGAUGCCUGCCCAAGGUGCAACGGCAGGGGCAGCGAGCCGGGCACCAAAGUGUCACACUGCCACUACUGCAACGGCACCGGCAUGGAGUCGCUGCACACGGGCCCUUUCAUGAUGCGAAGCGCGUGUCGACGCUGUGGCGGCAAGGGCUCCAUCGUAACCACGCCCUGCGCUCUUUGCCGAGGUUCGGGUCAGACAAAGAAGAGGCAGAUGAUCACGGUGCCGGUUCCGGCCGGGGUUGAACACGGUCAGACCGUGCAGAUGUCAGUCGGCCAGAAGGAAAUUCUCAUUACGUUUCGGGUCCAGGGGAGCCCCGUGUUCAGGCGCAACGGAAUCGACAUCCACUCAGACGUGCUGAUCUCUGUGGCGCAAGCCAUCCUGGGUGGCACCGCAACCGUGCAAGGCCUCUACAAAACCAUCAGCAUUGUGAUACCCGCCGGCUGUCAAACGGAUCAAGUGAUUCGGCUGCAGGGGAAAGGCAUUCGCAGGCUGAACAGCUUCGGCUACGGUGAUCACUACGUGCACAUCAAGAUCAGCGUGCCCAAGAAGUUGACGCGGAGGCAGCGAUCUCUUCUACUCAGUUACGCAGAGGAGGAGAUAGAUGUUCCUGGGACCGUUAAUGGUGUCACUCUGUCUCCAGCAGGGGGCGGCAGAGCGUCAGGUUCUAGUGAGAGGGCCAGCAGUUCAGCAGAAGCAGUGGACAAACAGAAGGAGGAAAAAGAGGAGGAGGAGGGGGGCUUCUUUUCUAAACUCAAGAAAAUGUUUAGCUGAAAUGAAGACCACAAGCCAAGAGGCGAAGGCGGCCCGAGAGGAAGUGGCUGCUGCUGGAGUGGGGAAGGCGUGGGUGUCGACGUUUGAGGUGAGCAGGGAGGCCUGGCAAGCCGCGAGGCAGAAGGGGAGAAGACAGACGAGGGAACAUGACAUCCACUCUGAAGUAAGAAUGUGAGAAAGGGGGGGUGUAAAUGGCUUUUGGAGGUCCACGUGUAAGCAGCAAGUUGGUGCAUGAACUGUGUUUGUGUGUUAUUGUAAAUGAACAGAUCGGUCUUGCGCCAAAUAUGCCAAUCCUAAAGAGAGACUAUGAUAACUACCUCUGUUGCUCACUCACACACGCACAAACAUACGCAAGCAAAAUACACACACAUACACAGGCCAAAACGCCUCCUCAGCCACAUGCCGGGCCCACAUGUGGCCUAAAAUCCCAAAUUCAUACCACCACCACACACACACACACACACACACACACACACGCACACAAAAUACUUCAGGAGUGCGAAUGAGGGGAUUUCCAGCUUGAUGACUCACAGAUGGGAGUCAGCAGCCUCUGAUUGAUGAUCAGAGGUUGUAACCACAGACAUUUGUGUGUGUGUGUA